AUGGUGCGUUGUGCUGUUGGUGUUAUUUUAGCCCUGAGACAAGCUCGCAGAGACAGGCAGCUGGUGAGCAAGAGACUUCUUCUGAAUGAAGAUGAGGAGCAGCCAGAGGAAACUAUGGACACAACCUCAAGGGAACAGGAUGUGGUCAGUUUAUUCCACAAACUUCAGCACGGUGGAGUGGAGAAGGAAGCCCACUUGAAAGUCUUGAGCAAAUCCCUGCGGGACCCAGCGGCGCAGCUCACCUUCAUAAAGCAGGAAAACAGUAUGCACCUGCUGGUCGGCCUUCUCACCGGCUCUAACGCCCAGUGCCGUCUCCUGGCCGUUCGCUGUCUUCACGAGCUGUCUCACUCGCCCCACAGCAGCGUGGCAUCAGCCUGUCUCCCUGCCACGCCCUACCUGCUCACUUACCUGUCAGGCCAGAGCACCAAGUUCACAGAGCUGUGUCUCUACACAUUAGGUAAUAUAUGUCCAGACAGCGAGGGUGUGAGAGAGAAAGUCCUGGCUCAGGGAAUUGUACCAGCUCUGGCCAACUGCAUAGAGAACCAGAGACAUAACCUGGCAGUGGUGGAGGCUGUGGGCUUCACCCUCUCUCAGCUUCUGCAGACCAAAGCUGCUGCAGAGAAAAUAGUGCCCUCUCAAGUGGGUGACAUUCACCUAGUGGUUGCCCUGUGUGCGCUGAUCCAGGCCUACCUGCACACCCAGCCGGCCUUGGCCAGAGAGACGGCCUGGGUCCUCAACAACCUCACAGAAUUCUGCUCUGCUCUCUUAUCUCUCAACUUGCUGCCCGGUCUGAUCCAGCUUCUGCCUUUCUCCCAAGGUAUUAACACAAUGGGCCUCAGGAUUUUAGCAAAUAUUGCCCACAAAAAAAAGGAGUUCUGCGUGCUGUUGGCUCAGUCUGGGUUGCUGUCUGCUCUCAGUGACACACUGAAAAUGGCCGAUCAGGAAAUGGUGACCCUCAGUCUGGAUGUCCUGUUCAUGAUGGUAGUUAGCAGUCCGCAGAUCGUCAUGCUGAUGUCCGGCUGUGCUGAGCUGAUGAUGGGGUUUAUACUGGCUGGUGUCUCUGAGUGGACGUCUUACAAAAUCUAUAUCCCCUUCUGGCAGGGAGCUCUGGUGACUGUGUGUCUGGCCAUGUAUGUGGUCACCCUCUUGGGAGUGUUAGUCUCCUUUGGCUACAGGGGAUAUUGCUUCGGAUGGCUUAGUUACAGGUACCAUGGUAGCUCUCGCUUCCACAUUGGACAGACUCUUGGUGUUGAGAUCGUAUUGUUAUUUUUCUCAAUAUGCGUGUCAGCAAUCCUCAUCUUCUUGAUUGUUGUUGCACGUUUCGCCCUGAAAUCCACACGCACUCAGGUCAUUGUUCAUCACAUUCCCUUACCCCGGAAUGGCACGCCAGCAGACUGA